AUGAAAGUUAAUUUAGAGAAGUCUAAGUUUUUUAAAGAGGAAACAGAAUUUUUGGGAUUUGUUGUAUCAGGAAAGGGGCUUAAAACAUCACCCGACAAGGUGAAAGCUAUUAUGGAAUACGAAGAACCGAAAACCAUUCGCGGUCUUAGAGCGUUUUUGGGUUUAACGGGUUACUAUAGAAGAUUUAUCAAAGGGUAUGCCGAUAUUGCGAAGCCUCUAACAAGGUUUCUAAGAGGGGAAAAUGGUAACGUGAGCGCAAGUCAGUCUAGGAAGAUACCCGUUGAAUUAGACAUAGAGGGGCGUGCGGGAUUUGAGAAGCUAAAAGAGAUUCUGGCAUCUGAGGAAGUUAUACUUCACUAUCCAGACUUUAAUAAGCCAUUUGAUUUGACGACCGAUGCAUCAUCACAAGCUAUUGGUGCGGUCUUAUCACAAAACAAUCGCCCGAUCACAUUUGUGUCAAGAACACUGUCUAAAACUGAGGCCAACUAUGCAGUGAACGAAAAAGAACUACUAGCUAUAUCGCAAGAUACUACGAAUAUAGCUGAGGCUUCUAGUGUGCCGGCUAACUUCGCCGUUGGACCUGAUUUCACCGCCGCUGCCAUAUUAUCUGGAGCUCUUACAUCUGCUAAUCGGGUGCAUUCCAUGUCACCUAAUCAAAUACCGCUCCAAGAUAAUCGGACAACUAGCCCCGCUAACUCCAUAAGCUCAAUCAGAUCGCAAGGGCUUCGUCGCCGGGCCGAACUGCUGCAUGAGCAGAGCGAAAUCUUAAGGCAAAAGGAGGCUCUACUAAGAGAGCAGCACAGCUUUCUGGAUCGUAUUGACACAAUGGGUUUCGACGAUGACCUAGAUGAAAGGCAAUAUACAAUGCGUAGGCCUUCGACCUCAGUGCGGGCAGCACCAAAUACAACUCAAACAAUGCAGCUACCUCCUAGUUUGGUUGCACCAUUCAUUAUAGCUGCUUCUGCUGCAAAUCCACCUGUACUUCAAGGAGUUCUUCCACACGACACCGCCGUUUUAAGAACAUCAACUGUUCGACAUCUAGUGGGUGAUCUGUCAGCAUCUGUCUUCAAUCCUUAUUGGACACAAUACACGCAAACAACUUUUCCCAUAGCCGGGCACGUUAAUAGCUUAUCCUUCGGUGCUUCGGCUUAUCGCCGACUGACCAGAGACCAGGUCGCUUCUCGCAAAAGCCUUGCUACAGAGCUGCCCAAAUUUGAUGGCAAGCCAAGCGAGUGGCCGUUGUUUUACGCUAUUUAUAACCAAUCGACAGAGGUUUGUAGAUUCUCUGAAGAUGAGAAUCUGCUAAGACUGCGGCAAGCAUUGGUAGGUACAGCACGCAAUGCAGUUAAAAAUCUAUUGUUGCAAUCCUCAUGCGUGCUCCAAAUUAUCGCUACCCUUCAAAUGCGAUUUGGGCGACCAGAAUUGAUUAUCAGCGCUCUGCAGCAACAAAUUUGUAAACUGCCGUCACCGUCAGAAAGCCAGCUCGAAUCGAUUGUCGACUUCGCGGUAGAAGUGCAAAAUAUCUGUGCAACGAUGUCGGUAUCAGGCCUGACUAGUCAUUUGAACAAUCCCGAGUUUGAACAGAGGCUGGUUUCGAAACUGCCUGGGCUUUUACCAGUAUAUUGGGGAAUGCAUAAACGAAGCUUAGCGGUCUGUAAUUUACAACAUUUCAGCGAUUGGCUUUUCCAGCUAGGCCAAGGGGCUAAUUGCGUUCUCGUUCCAAAGGAGUCGCCAAAAGUAUGCAAACGCGGCGCGAUUAAUCAUCAUUCUAAUUCGGUAAGAUGUAUCGUCUGCGAAGAAAAUUGCAGUGAUGUCUCUAAUUGUACCACGAAGUCAAAAGUGGCAGGUAGUUCGCAAGUUGAAAGUUGA